CACCGUGUGUGUGACAUACUUGUCCCACAUUUUUUAUUUGACCAAAAAAGAAAACACUUUCUAAACUUGAAUUGAAAGUUAAUUUCUAAGUGUUUUUUUUCUUUUAAUUUGUUUAUUAAUUUAAUCUCAUCAGUGAAUAGUGCGAAAUAUUUUAUUUUAUUAUAUUGUCAAUCAGUACAUUUAGAGGUUAGGUGGCGCCACGUGCUUUUGCACAAAAAUUUUCUCGAAGAAGCUGUCCAGGUUCGAAUAAGUGUAUAUAUAAAAAUGUCUAAAGUAACCGAGGAGGUGACGGAAAAAAUAUCCGAUAUGAAUAUUGAGGAGACGACAAAAAAAUUGACACAUAAGGAAAAAAAGAAAUUGAAAAAACAACAGGAAUAUGAAAAAACUUUGGAGAUGAUGACCAAAACUGGUGGACAGGGUCAUAGUGAACUUGAAUCAAAUUUUACUGUUUCACAAAGUGCACCACAAACACGUGGUGCACAACAAUUGGAUAAUGCCGUUGAUAUUAAAGUGGAGAAUUUUAGUAUUGCCGCGAAAGGUAAAGAAUUAUUUUCCAAUGCCAGCUUGCUCAUUGCUCAGGGUAGACGUUAUGGUCUUGUUGGUCCAAAUGGACAUGGUAAAACGACAUUAUUGCGUCAUAUUCAAAAACGAGCUUUUGCAAUUCCGCCAAAUAUUGACGUUCUUUAUUGUGAACAGGAAGUUGUCGCUGAUGAUACACCUGCUGUUGAAAAUGUUCUUAAUGCCGACGUUAAAUGUAAACAAUUGCAAACAGAAUGUAAACAAUUGGAGGAAAAAGCCGAACAAGGAGACGAAUCUGUUCAAUCGAGAUUGCAAGAAGUUUACGAGGAAUUAAAGGCAAUUGGUGCCGAUUCAGCUGAACCUCGUGCACGACGAAUUUUAGCUGGUUUAGGUUUUAGUCGUGAAAUGCAAAAUCGAGCAACAAAAAAUUUCUCCGGUGGUUGGCGAAUGCGUGUUUCUUUAGCGCGUGCACUAUUUCUUGAACCAACACUCCUCUUACUUGAUGAGCCGACAAAUCAUUUGGAUUUAAAUGCCGUUAUUUGGCUUGAUAAUUAUUUACAAGGAUGGAAAAAAACAUUGCUUAUUGUUUCUCACGAUCAAAGUUUUCUCGAUAAUGUUUGUACGGAUAUUAUUCAUUUGGAUCAAUUGAAAUUAUUCUAUUAUAAGGGCAAUUAUAGUAUGUUCAAAAAAAUGUAUGAACAAAAAAGAAAAGAAAUGAUAAAAGCUUAUGAGAAACAGGAGAAAAAAAUUAAGGAUCUUAAAGCGGCUGGACAAAGUAAAAAGCAAGCGGAGAAAAAACAAAAGGAAGUGCUCACAAGAAAACAGGAGAAAAAUCGGACAAAAAUACAGAAACAAGAGGAAGAUACUGGACCACAGGAAUUGUUACAAAAACCAAGGGAUUAUAUUGUUAAAUUUAGUUUUCCUGAUCCACCGCCACUUCAACCUCCGAUACUUGGUCUUCAUAAUGUGACAUUUUCCUACGAGGGUCAAAAGCCACUUUUAAUCGAAACCGAUUUUGGAAUUGAUUUAAAUUCACGUGUUGCCAUUGUUGGACCCAAUGGAGUUGGAAAAUCAACAUUUUUAAAACUCUUAAUGGCUGAUUUAACUCCCCUAAAAGGAGAAUUAAUAAAAAAUCAUCGCCUGAGAAUAGGAAGAUUUGAUCAGCAUUCGGGUGAGCAUUUAACAGCUGAGGAAACACCAUCGGAAUAUUUAAUGCGUCUUUUCGAUUUGCCUUAUGAAAAAGCGCGAAAACAAUUGGGAACAUUUGGUCUCAGUUCACAUGCGCAUACAAUUAAAAUGAAAGAUUUAUCAGGUGGACAAAAAGCACGCGUUGCAUUGGCUGAACUUUGCUUAAAUGCACCUGACGUUGUGAUUCUUGAUGAACCGACAAAUAAUUUAGAUAUUGAAUCAAUUGAUGCAUUGGCCGAUGCAAUUAAUGGAUAUAAAGGCGGUGUUAUUAUUGUGACUCACGACGAAAGACUUAUUCGUGAAACAGAAUGUUGUCUUUAUGUUAUUGAAAAUCAACAAAUCAAUGAGAUUGAUGGUGAUUUCGAUGAUUAUAGAAAAGAAUUACUCGAGAGAUUGGGUGAAGUUAUUAAUAAUCCUAGUAUAGCUGCCAAUGCAGCAGUGCUUCAAUAAUAUUUUCAUAAUUAAUACAAAAAGUAAUAAAUUAAAAUCAAAUUUUAACUCAAAUUUGUAUAUUAUACUGUUCUGAAAAAAAUAGGAAAAGGAUUAUUAACUAUUAUUAUUA